AUGAAGGUCACAGUGAAGACAUUGUCGGGCGAAAAGAUUUGCCUGCAAAUGGGUGGCGAACAGCUGGUGGGAGACGUUGUGGCUGCCGUACUGCGUCAACAGUCGAGCUUACAAAGCUGCACGCUCUUCCUCAGGGGAACUUCCCUGUGCUCGGACCAGCGCUUGGGGACACUGCCAUUGCAGCCAACAGAUUUUCUGUGUGCCGUGGGCACAAGGAAGGGCAAAAGGAAGCAGAAGCCCAUGGUUGCCACCAACAGGCACAUCCCUGAGGCCAAUUUGGCACAUGCGCAGCCCAUUCCUGAUGCCCUGUUGGAGCCACACAGGUGCUGCACGCCGGAGCCGCCCGCCUGCAGUUUGAGCAUGCCUACAGGGUAUGAAGGGAACUGCCAGGUUCCUGGCCGUGGGGCGUUUGGUUCCAAUGAGGCACCUGAUGGUGAGCACAGGUCAGAGUCAAGACUACUGAACGAGAAUCUGGGGCAAGGGCCCAAUGAGUGCACCAGAAAACGAUGUCAAGUCGACCUUUGGGAGGAGUUGAAUGUUGAACUCAGUGAGUGCCAGAUUGCCAAGACACCAGUGGCAACUGAAAAGCAGAUCUCUGAACUGGAAUGUGUGUCGGGGACCAAAUCUGGAUGCCCAGACAACAAGGUGAGCGACACCAGCUACCCUGCUGGACUGUCAGAGCAGCAGUUUGUUCCCAAACUGAAAAAGCAACGGAUAGGCAAAGAGCUUGAAAGCAAUGCAGCAGGCGGGAGCAGCAGCCAAGAUGGGACAGUUUACCCUGCAAGCCUACCUCUGCCUCCAAGCCUGAAACGAUUGGAAUCCAUAUUUGGCGUGCUGAAUGGCCUCAGUGGCUUCCUGCUGAGGACUCACAUCCAGCCAACAUGGCUGAAUGUAAGGGCAGCAUUGAGGGACGUGUGCCAGGAUCAGAGCAUUUCUGAUGGUGACAUUUUGGCGAUGGCCGAACUGUGCAGUACCAUUAUCUCUGUACGCUGGGGAGGAUCUGCCAAGGCACUGAGGCCGAAGGACCCAUGGGAUACUGCCACCACCACUGAACUCUCGCCAGGCUCCAGGCUUCCAAGGGUUCCUGGCGCAGAUGUUCGUUUGGAAGAUUUGCGAUCUUGGUUUGCAGACAUCAGAGAUGGCUAUGGUACUGUGCUGGAGGGAGACAUUCGCACACUAAUUGUUGAACUCAACACGCCAAUGAGGUCUUCAGGGCAUACCAAGCAAAAUCAGAAAGGGGCUCAGGAGCUAUUGGGGAAUUUCUUGUGUACUCCAGGCGAAAGUGCUCCGCACAGGAGCUAUGGUAGCAAUGUACGUAGGAGAACGUUCCAUCAACGCCUUGUCCAGGUCGUUGGCCAGAUUCAUGAGGACUUUCUCAGAGGCAGUGACGUCCUGUUGAGAAGUACAGCAAUCAGGGAAGCAGCACCCCAUUCUGGAACAAGCGGGGCCACAGGAGAUGAGCGCUCCCAUUUUGAUCCUGUGGAAGAAGGCCGCUGGCAUCCACAGUUUUGCUUGGAAGCAGUCACUGUCCGUGCCGCUGUUCAAGCAGCCAAGAAACUGGAAAAACUCGGCAAGGCAAAAACGGAUGGUAACGGGCCGAAGCGGCCUCCCAGCCUGCUGAAGCGCCACAUCCCUUGCACAGAUUCUAGGCCUCUGGACGCCUGCGCAUUCUUGGAGCACAUCAUGCAGCUCACUUGGUACAGUGACCAGAUCGUCCACACGGAAUCGAUGCCUGCAAGGUCAGCCGUCUUCGCCAAAACUCGCACCAGGCUGUCAGACCACGUUCUACAAGCCCUUGAGGCCCAGGGCGUAAGGCGCCUGUUCAGUCAUCAAUCGCAGGCCAUCGAUGCAGCAACGACCGGCGAUCAUGUCGUGGUGUCCACAUCGACAGCCAGUGGGAAGUCGCUGUGCUACAAUAUCCCGAUUCUCCAAGCCUUGGUGGAUGACCCUGCGGCAUGCGCUCUGUACAUGUAUCCAACCAAGGCGCUGGCCCAAGACCAGCUGAGGGCUCUACGACAGUUGUGUAUGAAAGCAGCAGGACUGCACACCAUCCAAGCAGAGAUUUAUGACGGUGACACUCCGUUCGAAUCACGCGCUGGGAUCUGUGCCAAUGCCAACCUGCUCAUCACAAAUCCGGACAUGCUGCACCUUUCCAUCUUGCCAGUGCACACACAGUUUGCCAGGCUGCUGUCCAGGCUGCGAUUCGUGGUCAUAGACGAGGGCCAUGCGUACAAGGGCGCAUUUGGGUGCCACACAGCCAUGGUGCUCCGACGCCUGAGGAGGGUGUGUGAACGAGUGCAUGGCAACACACCGACGUUCAUCAUGACAUCGGCCACAGUGCCGAAUGCCAAGGAGCACAUGGAACGGCUGGCGGGAGUACAGGGUGUCGUGGAAGUGUCGCAUGAUGGCUCACCCAGCGGCCCAAAGCAUGUUUCCUUGUGGAAUCCGUCCCUAGUGGACAGCAAAGGCAAGCCCUCAAAGCAGAAGGACGCCAAGCUUGAAUGGGAGCGCAUGAGCAAGCAACAGCAGCGGAAGAUAUUGCAGGCCCAAAUUCGGGAAGCCAAUCAGGAACGAAGUCGAGGCUCUCAGUUCGUGGCCGCUCGGGGAAUGUCGGAAGCCGACUGGCUGGCUGCUGUUGCAAUAGGGAAAAAGCGGGCGCAGCAGAGCAGUAGCGGAGUGAAGACUGGGGUAACCGUCAGCGCAUCUGGGACAUCGGGAAAGAAACUGCCGCGUUCUCAGCUCGCAGGCAUCAGCAGUGGGCCGAGUGGUGCCAACUCAUGCGACACUUCCAGCGUCUGUCAGAGGGACAAUCAAAGGGCAGGCCAAGAUGAUGUAACAGAACUGCACUCGGAUUGUGCAGAACCAGGGGGGCCAAGUUACGAAUGCGACCGCCGUGGUAAAGAUCUGUCAACAGGUGGGAAGGAAGCCCCAGCAAGGGACAGCAACUGCGAUGCGGAGGCUUUGGCGGCCAGGGUGGUCGGUGGAAAUUUGGCAUCCAGCAGCGCUGCGCCGGAUCCCACUGAGACAUCUGCUGAUCGGAGGCUCCUAAGUGUGGAAGGCAGCACCUGCCUGGAAAAUGUUGUGUGCACCAGCGCACCCCACCCGAGACGCCAGAUGAUGUGGAAGGGAACAAGGUGGCUGCGACACACGGUGCCCUUGUAG